AUGAGGUGGAUGGAUGGCGUCUUGAUUGCCUGCCGAAAUUUACUCCAGCCGCUUCGAAAUCAACCAGAGUCCAGACAGAGACUGACGUUGACAAAGCCACGUCUAAUCAGACAGCGUACACAAACCCUGGUCGAGUCUACUGCAGUCAGGUGGCCUGACUGCCACUUUGGCACCAUCCACAGAGGUGGAGGUGCUGAGCGGGGGCAGUUCGUACAGUUGAUUGACCAUGGCCAACCGGGUGAUGAUGAACCGAUGGGAAUACCAAUCAAUACGGUCUGUUCCAACAUUGGGUAUAUUUGGUACAAGAUACCGACGAGUCACGAUUGCGCCAGACAUCUCUUGCUACAGGCUGGUAGGUUGGCAGCGAAUUGGACAAUUACCAAGCAUAGCCAUAUCAAUGUCGCAAUUCGAGCCGCUGGACCCGUCGUACAUUGCGCCAACUCCAGACAAGUGCUGCUGCUAUUCUUGGUGUCUAGUGCGGAUCGCAACGAUUGCCUCGAAAUCCCUACCUUCUCUGUGCUGACACGAUAG